UAAACACAGAUUCCGGCGUUUCUUGAUUGUUUCCUUCUCUAGAUAACUCAGUUUGCUCUUAAUAUUUGAAUGAAGUACCCGUACGAAAGUGGAAUCUAUCGGACCUUUGGGUAACCUCGUGGACAGUGUGCAGUUGAGCGAAGUAAAUUUGAAGUGGUUUGUGAGUGCGGGGCAAUUGUUGUGUUUUAUGGGCGCCAUGGGCUGUCGAUACACGCGGUGCCCCACCCCCGACCCUCCACCAAUAAACAGUGACGUAAAGCCUGAUAUCUUGCCAUUCCAACCCGUCAUAGCGCCCGUCAAAGCCGACCCUCGCCUCAGGUUAACGCCGAAAGAGGUAUUCAGGCUGAAAGGUUCCUGGAAAGGAAUUAAACGAAAAAUGGCACCGACAGGUACGGAAAUGUUCAUCAGGUUAUUUCAAGAAAAUGCACAUCUGACAAAACUGUUCAGAGGAUUCAAGGAGCUGGAUAACGCAGACGACAUGAGGGAGAAUGAAAUGUUUGAGCACCACGCAACAUUGGUGAUGACCACGCUGGACGAGGCCUUCUCCCAUCUCGACAAUCUGGACUUUGUCGUAGACUUAUUACAUAAAACUGGUUCAACGCAUCGGAAGUUUGGUGGAUUUUUGCCAAAUUUGUUCUGGAAUAUGGAGCAACCGUUCCUGGACGCCAUCAAGUUAACGUUAGGCGAUGCGUACACGGAAAGUAUAGAGGAGAUAUAUAAACUGGCUAUAAAAUUCAUACUUCAGUCCCUGAAAGACGGAUUUACGACGUCUGAAGAAACCGGCCAAGAGAACUCUACUGUACCACCUGAACCGACCGAGUGAUGAGUGGCAAAACUCUACACGAUACUGACUAGAGAAAGAUUUCCACAAUGAAGAAAAUCCUUAAUGGCGACCAUAUGCCAUAGACAAAGAAUGAAGUCUGCAAAGUUAAGCCUCUUUAAAAAGGAUUUUAUACUCUCGUAAUCGAAAUACAGAGAAACCAUUGUAUUAAGUGGAUCGAAGGCAUCGUCAUGCUAAAUGGGAAUUAAGAUACAGUGAUAAAGUCAAAGGUCAUUUACAAUACAGUUAUUCUGGAAGCUAUGAUCGGAUUAUGACAGAACACAGCAGAUCAUCGUACCGGGGAUCUGCACUGCAUAGAUAUCACUUCCUCAUAUGAAACGAACAGAUUGUGUGGUGUAUUCCGGGUAUGGCAAAUUGGUGACAGCAUACAUGAAUUACGGUGGCAAAGGAUGUACAAAGUCCUAAUGGUAUAGUGUUUAUUUUGUGUGAGAAUUGACAAGUAUAUUGUUUAAAGCGAUGCAAAACAAAAACAAAACAAACAACACAAUAACAACAAAUAUUUUAUGUCCAUAUUAUCACGGUAUUUACACUUGAACGUUCGGAUCUUUUAUUUAUUAAUGUAUUCAGAAAUAGUCUAAAGUAUAAUGUGGCAUGGACAUGUAAAUAACCUUGCAUGUUUCAUCGUUGGUGAACUGUUAUGGGACUUUUUAUGCUCUGGCAUUUGGAAUGCCCUUGGAGAGGCUGGUACACCACACACCACACACCGGCGUGCAAUGGUAAGGGUUAUGGUUUGUAAACUCAAGGAGCAUUUCAUUUCAUGGCUGCCGAAGACGCGCGUAGGAUCAUUAGCCCGGAAUUAUAACGGAGCGGUGCCUCAGUUCCAGUGUAGAUGAACUUGUUGCCUGUUGAUGACGGAUGGGAUAGCUAGUAGCUUCCAAUUAUGGUAAAUUAACACGAACACCUAACGAUGCCUUGGGGAAAAUCCAUGUGUUUAUCGCUUUGGGGGAAUCUGUGUGUUUAUCGCUAUCUCAUUAGCCAAGUACAUCGGUCCACUUCACUGUGCGUAUGGACAUGGAUAUCGCUUUGGGAUGGAAACCGUUAAUUUUUCCAUAGUUUUUAAAGGCUGACGGUAACCACUGGAAAUGUAUCCAAAUCUUUCAUCGCCUAAACAUUUCCACGGUUUGGUCAAUGCAUCCAUCCAGUUCGUAACGGCCGCCGCGUUUGUUUGACGUAUAUAGAUGAAUACUUGUAUGUAUGUGUAUAAAUUAACCAUGGCCUUAUAACUCGAUUGUGUAAGCUGCAUCCUCUAGGAGAAAUGACCGCCUAAUGCACUCAGCGGCUACGGGGAGUUAACGUGAUAGUUCAUCAAUACUAGGUGGUAAUAACACCCUGGUGCGAAUAAAUUACAUGUACUUGG